AUGACUAUUUCUCAAGAGAAACCGGAAGCAACUUUACAGGAGAAAUGGGGUAAUGGCCCAGGCUUCGCUGGAAUUGUCACUUUUGCCCAUUUUGACCACCACCCAGCACUACUUGAGCCAGAAAAAAGGUUUGAUAUUGGAAUCAUUGGUGUGCCAUUCGACACCGCCACCAGUUAUCGUCCUGGUGCACGGUUUGGUCCAAGUGCAAUUCGUCAAGGUUCUCAACGUCAAAGCGAGAAGCGUGGUUACAAUCUGAGAGCCGGUUACAACCCGUACAAGGAAUGGGCCACCAUGAUGGAUUGUGGUGAUAUUCCUGUUACCCCUGUGUCUAACGAGGUUGCUCUUGAGCAAAUGACAGCUGCAUUUGAGGAGCUUUUGUUGCGUCGCCAGUCUGAAGCAGAUCCAAACCAUCCUCCUCGGUACAUUGCUCUUGGUGGAGACCAUUCAAUCAUUCUGCCUCACCUAAGAGCACUCCACAAAGUUUACGGACGGGUUGCCGUUAUUCACUUUGAUGCUCAUCUGGAUACAUGGAAUUCUUCCAAAAGAACUGGGUAUUGGGACUCGGAGAAAACUAGAUUUACCCACGGCUCUAUGCUCUGGAUGGCUUCUCAUGAGGGACUAAUUAGUGAGGACUACAACGUCCACGUUGGUUUGCGUGCUAGAAUUGCCGGAAAGAGCGAGGAAGACUAUACUGAGGAUACCAGUCAGGGCUGGCAAAGAUUCAGUACCGAUGACGUUUGGUUCCAGGGUACAAGCUCCAUGGACAAAAUCAUAGCUCAGAUCAAGAAGAGAAUUCCUGAGAAAUAUCCUGUCUACAUUUCCCUUGAUGUUGAUUGCAUGGACCCUGGAUUUGCUCCAGGAACAGGAACGAUCGAACCAGGUGGAAUGACUCCAAGGGAAGUCCUUUACCUUUUGCGUGGUCUUGAUUUCAAUCUUGUGGGAGGUGAUGUUGUCGAGGUCAGCCCGGCUUAUGAUAAUGCUGAAAUCACAGCUACUGCUGCUUCCCAAGUUGUCUACGAACUGAUAACAACUAUGGUUCAGAAGGGCAAACCUCUUCCAACUCUCCAACAGCAAUCUCUAAAUUAG